ACUUCGCUGCGCAUUCCCUUCUCUCCACCCCGACUCCGAGGAUUCGGACCAAGGGCCGUACGCGUACGCCAGCAGAAGCCCUCCGUCUGCUGCGAUGGAGGAGACCCGGGGAGACGGCGCGCACCCUACGCAAAACCCGUUCGAUGACGCACAUGCGCGAACAACGCCCGCGGGAGUGCACCCCUAUUCUAGUCCUGCGGCCUCGUCUGCAGCUGUGAACACCUCAGCGCCUGCGACUGGGGCAGCUGGUGAGAAGAUCCGCUCGGAGGACGUGCCGCGCGAAGUGCGCGAGCUGCCCCCGCCGAAGAAACCGAAGAAACCGCUGUGGAAGCGGAGGUGGUUCAUCAUAUCGCAAAUCGUCGCAGCCUGUCUCGGUAUCGCCAUCCUGUUUAUUUUGCUCUACCCGGUCAUACAUGCCAUCGCGCAACAUAUCUUGAAAGUCUCGGUUCUCCACGUCGACGCGGCGCAGAUCACCAGCGCGACCAACAACUCCUUCACGCUCAGGCUCGACUCGUGGGUCUCGCACGCGAGCAUUUUCAAGGCCACGAUCAAGUUCAACGAGCCCCUCUCCGUCGCGUGGUACAAUGCCUCCGGCGACCGCGUGCCCAUCGGUGCUUUCCAGCUGGAGCCGUUGCGCGUGCGCCACAAGCGGGCGUACAUCAACCAGACCGUCGCGUUCAACAUCACCGACGAGCACGCGUUCUCGCAGUUCACGCAGGCGAUGAUCACCCAGCCGAACUUCACGUGGCACCUCUCGAGCAACAAGCUGGAGGUGCAGGCGCUCAAGUUCCCGAAGGCGCACGGGCUGCACUUCAGCAAGGACGUCACGCUCAAGGGCAUGGACAACUUCGCGGGGAACGUCGAGCUGGUCGACUUCCAGCUCCCCGCGGACGACCCGAAGGGCGGGAUCGAGUUCGUCGCGACGACGGGCCUGAGCAACCCCUCGGCGUUCGACGUCGAUCUCGGCACGGUCUCGUUUGACCUCUCGUACAAGGGCGUCUACCUCGGCACCGGCGCAGGCCCGAACACGGUCGUGCGCCCGGGGCCGAACAACGUCACGCUCAAGGGCACGCUCGUGCCGCAGAACGGCACCGAGAACCUCGCGACCGUCUCGGAGCUCUUCACGAACUUCCUCAACGGGGACGUGUCCGACGUCGUCGCCGCCGGGCGGUCCUCGGUGCAGGCCGACGGCGCGGUCGUGGGCUGGCUGAGCGACGGCCUGACCGCGCUGCAGCUGCACGUCCCGUUCAAGCACACCGCGGGCGCGAUCAGCCCGAUCAAGAGCAUCGCGAUCGGGGACAUGGCGCUCGCGUUCACCCCGGGGACGGCGUGGGCGCCGCUCAUGGACUCGCGGACGGUGCGGGCGAGCAUGGAGCUGCCGUUUGGGUUCGGCGUGAGCAUCGGGCAGAUCGCGAACAGCUUCAACAUCACGAAGGGCGGGGCGGUCGUCGGGGGGCUGUCUACGCCGGAGAGCGCGUCGACGAGCGAGAUCCACGUCGUGAACUCGACGUUCACCCAGGGCACGAUCAACAUCACCAUCGACAGCACCCCGCUCGUGGUCCCCGACGGGUCGCACCAGGUCUUCUCUGGCUUCAAUCGGAACCUGACGGACAGCACGCAGCUGCCGUUCCAGCUCGAGGGGCACGCGCGCGCGGUCGCGAACAUGAGCAUCGGGCAGAUCACGCUCGACCCGAUCAAGUUCAACGUGACGAGCGGCCUGGACGGGCUGCAGGGCUUGAACAAUCUGGUGGAGAUCGGGAGCGUGGACGUCGUGGGCGGGUCGACGGAGGCCAUUCAUCUCAGCAUCCCUGUGAACAUCACGAAUCCGUCGAACUUGCAGUUGUCGACUGGCAAUUUGAAUCUGCAGCUCUUCCGGGGCGACGCAGCGAUGGGCACGACGCUCAUGCCGAACCUGACCCUCCAGAUGGGCCACAACUCCCUCAUGGCCCAGGGUAACUUCACGCCGAACGGCUCGCCCCAAGGCAUCCAGACGCUCAACGACUUUGUCGGCGGCUCGGACGUCGAAGUCCUCAUCUCCGGCUACAGCCAGUCCACGGCCGUCGGCUCGCUGCUCGAGGCGUUCGAGAGCCUGAACAUCACCGCGACGCUCCCCGCGCUCAAGUCGAACCUCCUCAACUCGGCCUCGCUCGAGGUGCUCCCGUCGACGGGCCGCGCGAACGACCUCGCGCACACGACGGUCUCGCUCGCGAACCCGUUCACGGCGGAUCUCGUGAUCACGAGCGUGCAGUCGAACGUGACCUUCCACGGGAUCACGCUAGGGACGAUCGACCAGGAGGUGCGGUUCGCGUCGAAGGGCAAGUCGACGACGGACCUGGAGAACCUGGACUUGGUCAUGAACAUGGACCCGCAGGCGCUGUUCACGGUCACGCGGGUGCUCGCGCAGGAUGCGGGGCUGGACACGGCGCAGCUGGACGCGAUCGUGCAGCUGGGCGGGUACCAGUACCUGAACAACCUGACGGCGAGCGUGCGGAAGCGCGAUAAUAAUCUGUUCACUGGGUUCGACCUCCCGACGUACGUCGACAAGGCGUUCGCGAACCUCACGUCGGACGUCAGCCUCGUCUCGGGGCUCACGAUCGGCGACUACCAGACGACGCUCACGUACACGCAGCCGGGCGUGCAGGUCAAGACGGACAAGAGCCUGAACUUCAUCCUCCCCGUGCUCGCGCAGCCGAUCGUGCAGAAGAUCGUGACCGGGUCCGUGCUCGGGGUCGAGACGGUGCUCAUCAAGGACAUCAAGGAGGACUCGUUCGGGACGACGCUCAAGGGGUCGAUCACGAACGCCGGGCCUUUCGACGCGAAGAUCGCGUUCCCCGAGGGCCUCGUCAUCGAGUGGAACGGCAAGGCGCUGGGCAGCAUGAACAUGCCGGAGGUGAACGUCGUGGCGGACGUCGGCGCGACCUUUGAGGUCGACACGACGUUCAGCGUGGCGGACGUCGGCCACCUGACGGACUUCACGAAGGUCAUGCUCACCGAGGAGUCGUUCGAGUGGGUGAUCUCGGGCAGCAACCUGACGGUGUCUGCCAUCGGCAUCGACACGACGGGCGUCGCGCUUUCGGACAAGAGGGUGACGCUGAAGGGUAUGAACAGCCUGAAGGAUGGGGUGAAGAUCAACAGCUUCGACCUGCCGAGCAACGACCCCGCUGGUGGUAUCCACCUCACUCUUAAUACCAGCGUGACGAACCCAUCGCAAGUCGGCGUUGCGCUCGAUUCGAUCGCCUUCCAGAACUUCUUCCAGAACGUCAACAUCGGCCCCGCCUCGUCAGGCAGCGCGUUCAGUCUCUCGCCGCAGACGACCGUCGAGCUCCCGCUGACUGGCAGGCUUGUCCCCCAGAGUUCUCAGGACGACCUUGCUGCUGUGUCGCUGAUGUUCAACAACUUCCUGCACGGCAAGGACAGCAACAUCACCGUUCAGGGUGACGGUGCCGGUCCGACUGAUGUUACUUGGCUCAACGAGGGGAUCAAGGCUCUCACCAUCCAGACCAUUCUCCCGAACCAGGGCGUGCUGGACAUCAUCAACGCGGUCAGCCUGAACGAGCUCGACCUCCGCUUCACCGAGGCCACUGCGUUCGACCCUGCCAUGGGCAGCGACGACACGAUCGCCAAGUUCUCGCUCCCCUUCAACUUCCCCGUCGACAUCGUCGCAGUCGCGCAGAACAUCACCGUGGGCGCAGACGGCACGGACUUUGCAGAGCUCGUCAUCCCCAAGGGCCCGAGUACUACGGACGUCGAGCAACGGAUCAUCCACCUCACCUUCUCGCAGAUCCCCUUCGCGGUGCUCGACGGGCAGCGUGCUGCGUUCGAGAAGUUCCUUGCGACGACCGCUAUGUCCGCGAACGUCACGAUGUCGCUCAAGGGAAACGCGAACACGGACGCGGACACCGCAGUCGGUGUGCUCUCCCUCACAGAUAUCGCGUUCGACGUGCAGACGUCCAUCGCCGGCCUUCAGGGCCUGAACGCGAAGCCCGCCGAAGUUACGAGCCUGGACGUGAACCACGGCUUCCCGGACUACCUCUUGAUCAAGGUCACCUCGUCGCUUUACAACCCGUCGAACAUCACCCUCGGUUCUGGCGACGUUGCCUUCGGUCUCCAGUUCGACGGUGACACCAUCGGCGAAGCCGACUUGUCCAACCUGAUCAUUCUGCCGGGCAACCAGACCUACCCGAUCGAUGUUCACUACCAGCCUCAGGGCAGCGCUGUCGCCUCUGGCCAGAAGAUGCUCGAGAACUACCUCCAGGGCGUUCUGUCUGCGACCACGAUCCAGGGCUCUACCGACGCGACGCCUAUUGAGUCCCUGCAGCUCGCGCUUUCCGAGAUCAGAUUGUCGCCUGUGAACAUCCCCCCGCUCCACCAGAACCUGAUCACGACUGCGUCGCUCGUCUUCCCCACGAACAUCGCCCAGACCGGUCUUGCGCAGACGUCGUUCACGCUCGCCAAUCCCUUCACGGCGAGCAUCAACCUGCUCGAGGUCACCGCGGUUGCGACGUUCGGGAACUUGACGCUGGGCAAGAUCGACCAUGUCGACCGCUCGGGCGACCCCAUACAUGCCGACGGCCAUGCGAACAUCUCCUCGCCCACGCUGCCGUUCGCGUUCAACUUGGACCCGGUCAUGAUCAUCGAGCUUCUCUUUGCUGGCGCGCAGAACAACCACGUGGAUCUUGGACCCCUCCCGGACGUGUUCCAGAUCGUGCUUGCUAACCCAGGUGCGAAGACGAACAUCAACGUGACGGUCGACACCGGCAAGCCCCCAUGCGCCAGCGGCAAGCAGUUCGACGUCAACGACGCGAUCCUGAACUCGCUCAAGAACCUCGUUGUCGAGCUUGGCAUCGAUUCGGCGGUCAAGAUCGACGACUACGCGACGGACCUCGCGUUCAACCAGAGCAACGUCAAGGCGAUCACGGACGAUACCUCACUGUACCUCAUUGGCGUCGUCGCGCCUCCUAUCGUGCAGACGCUCGUAGACCAGUCGAAGCUCACUUUUGAUGCCGCGAACAUCACCAACAUCUCGGACGACGGUUUCGAUCUCGCGCUUAAAGGCUCGCUCACUGGCACUGGACCGUUCGACGCGCAGAUUACCUUCGUGGAGCCCGUCACUGUCACCUGGCAGGGUAGCGACAUCGCACAGAUCGCUCUCCCACCCGUGUGCGCGUCGGCCAACGUGGGCGCGCCUGACUACGAGACGAGCGCGAGGCUGACGAUCACGGACAACGGCAAGUUUACCGACUUUGCGACGUUCUUGCUCCACAACGAGGAGUUUACGUGGACCAUCUCCACGGACAAACUGCGCCUGACUGCGCUCGGGGAGACCUUCGACGGGGUCAGCCUCAAGAAGGACAUCUCGUUCAAGGCGUUCAACAACCUCCCGGGUGUCACGAUCUCCAACUUCCAGCUCCCGUCCGACGACCCUGCUGGCGGUAUCCACAUCGAGACGGACUCGAUGAUUCCCUCGCCUGCACAGCUUGGUAUCGACCUCGGCACCGUCACCUUCGAGAGUUCGUUCAAGGGCGUCACUGUCGGCCCCCUUUCGGGACAGAAUGCCUUCCUCGCGCCACAGACUGUAUCGAACCUCCACCUCUCUGGGCGUAUCACCCCCAAGACCGGGAACGACCUUGAGGUCAUCGGCGAGCUCUUCACCAACUACCUCCAUGCUCAGAACCAGACGCUCGCCGUUCAGGGCGAGAGCGUUCAGCCAACGGGAUCGAAUGCUCCGGUGGGAUGGUUGAGCACGGCGUUCAAGACGCUCACCCUGGAGGUCACGCUGCCAGGCCAGAGCUUCGACAUCAUUCAGAGCAUUGACAUGGCGGACCUCGAACUGGUCAUGACGGAGCAGGGCGAGGCGUUCGCGCCGCUUGCGAGCUCCAAGUACGUCCUGGCGCAGUACAAGAAUCCGUUCGGGUUCUCGCUGCAGGUCGUCAAGAGUGGCGAGGACAUCACACUGGGUGCGCAAGGUGCUGAUGUUGCGGAGCUCAAACUUCCACAAGAGGACGCUGUGGGCGGCGUCUCGACCGGGAACGUCGUUCCUCUCGUUCUCACAUUCCAGAACCAAACCCUUCAGUCGCUCAAUGACGGCGCGUUCAUGAGCUUCUUCGCCGCUGUCACGGACACUUCUGGUGUCUCAUUCGAGCUCAGGGGUUCUGCGGACGUCGUCGCUCGCACAACCGCCGGUGAUAUCCCUAUCAAUGCCAUCCCUUUCAACGUCACUACGAGCUUGAAGGGUAUCAACGGAUUUGGUCAUACCGCGUCCCUUAGCAAUGUCUCGAUCACCGGAGCAGGUACUGACAGCCAUGGCGCGUACAUCAGGUCGCCGCUCACCACAACGCUCAAUAAUCCCUCGAACGUCUCACUUGAGACUGUGGACGUCGAGCUCCCGGUAUAUUACAAGGACGUCUUGCUAGGCCGUGCUGUCAUCGAUCCGCUGAACCUUGUUCCCGGAGACAACGAACUCUCCACUGAGUUCCGCUAUGCACCAAAUGAUGCGAACGACACGACCGCUCAAGCGUUCCUCACCGAGUUCUUGCAGACUGGCGACACGAUUCCGCUCUCCAUCAAAGGCGAUGGUGACAGCUCGCCAUUCGCAUCCUUGGUUCCUGGGCUUGAGGGUGCGGGAAUCACUACCAGCCUGAAGGGUCUCAACGUGCCGCCGAUCGUGGCGCAUAUCAACGCAUACAUCACUCUGGACACCCUCUUCGACAAUUUCAUUACGAUCGAUUUCGACAUUGCGAACCCGCUUGACACCGACAUGGAGAUCUCGUUCACGCAGGUCGACUCGGGAGUCAAUAAUGAGACCUACGCGCACUUCGACCAGCCCUUCGAUUCGUUCGUCAUUCCCGCACACAGCACCGCGAACUCUGGUUCCGUUCCGAACGUGCUUCUUACCCAAGGUGCGAUUGCGUCGCUUGGCAUCAUCCCUCUAGGGGAGCUGGAUGUCUUCUCCGUUGCAACCGUAAAGAUCGGACCGUACACCAUCCCUUGGUUGCACCUCACGACGCUCAAUGUCAAGACGGAUUACCACCUGUCUCUCUCUAUCUCCGAGAUGAAGAAGGCUGCGCAGUCGAUUAGCGGGAGCAAGGCGGGUCAUACACAGACGGCCUCGGUUUCGGGUAGCGCAAGCGGAUCUUCGGCAGUUGCGCCUGCCAGCACGACUUACAGCAGCGAUGCUUCGAGCGCGGCCUCUGUCAGUGCUCAGCCUUCGUCUACUGCUCAGUCCGACUCGUCGGGCAAUUUUCCGAUCGCGCCGCCGACAUUGAGCGAGGCCAGCCCCAAGGCUUCCGCCAACUCUGACGCACCUCAGCCGUCUGCGUCCUCUGGUGAUGGGCCUCUGUCCUCUGCCAGUGUUCCUCAAUCCUCAUCUUCUGCAUAGUUCCUCCAAAUUGAACCUCAAGCGCGACACUAAGGGUCGCUCGUGUGUACUCUAAAAUCAAUAUCAUGAAUGGACUACCCUCAACGCAAUAUCACGGCCCCUGUCUGUACUGUCAUGUAUCACGUAGCUGCACGAAAAUCAUCUCCACGCGUGCACUGGGCGCUUUCCCCCUCUCGCGCAGUACGGUACCGUCACGAUCCCCAUGUUUUUAUUCUUCAUCGUAUAGCUCACGAUACCCCUGACCCGCUGCCGACGCCUUCCUUUGCUCUUCCCCGCCGGUGUGUGUGACGAUAUUAAUACUUUGUGUGCAAUGACUACAUCCUGGCCUGUUACGUACUCUCCGGACUGCAAGAUGCAUUUUCCCUACUCCCUACGUUUGCAACCACAUCCACGAAUCCACGAUUUUUGUGAUAGUUCAAUGGGAGAAAUGUUGAGCAUGUGAACCGAGUGGAAAAUCUCGAGCACGCCGGCCUUUUGCAGGAACGCUGGAUACAUUCGGGACCGUCAUGCCCGGUUCCCCUGUGCAGUGCACUAUGAAACCGUUCAUAUCUCCAUUCGCAUCGGUUUCUCGAAAGCUCCCCGGCCACCCCCCUCGACCAGGACCUCCGGUGGAGAUACUACAUAGGAGGCUACACUGCGUAUCCUUCGUCUGCUUUCUGGAGCGGCUCAAUACCAUAAACCGUCCGAAAGGACUGUGUUAUGUCAUCACAGAGGACCAGUAACAACCCCGUCUCUUUCAACCCUCGCAAUUUCGGCAGCAGGAUGAACGCCAGCCCGCUGUUCUUGAAGGAGGUCGGCAGCCCGAGCUCGAUGACGACGCCCGUCAGCGACGGAAACUCGACCGGCUCGCGCGUGAGGUAGUCGUCGAGCGUCGGGAGGUCCCACGUCUCUAAAUCUCCUAGUUCGUAGCACCAUGGGGGGUCGGCGGCGAGCUCAAUGGUGAGCGUGCGUAGCGUGCGCGAGGCGUAUGGGAGGAUAGUGGAGAAGACGGUGUAGCGAGGAUGUACUGAGUAGUCGUAGAGGCUGCAAGCCGAGACCUUGAUGUGGAGAUGUUCCAGAUUUGGGCAGGCUGCAAUGCCUUCUCCUAUCACCUUCCAGUCUGGUUCCUCGCCCUGCACAGAAAGGGGAGCUAUAUCGAGGCAGAGCUUGGCGAUAUUUUGGCCAAUGGAGCGGAUGAAGCUCAGGAUGUAGGUCGCACAAAGAGGGGUUGGGCACCGGGCGGAAAAAGUUCGGAGUGAUCAGGGGCAAAUGAGGGCCUCGAAGAACUGAUUAUGAGUACUCGUUGGGCCACCGAGAACCAAUUAUGGCCAGACUUCGGACUGACACCCGAUCGCUGA